AUGGACUCAGCUCAACCUUUUCACUGUACGGUACUGCAACGCUUGCAUAAGCUCAUCGCAGAACAUCCCGACACGCUUUACUGCACCCACCCAGUUUCCACUGACAUAUAUAAUGGGUGGAGAGAUGUGUCUUUCAGAGACCUAGCCUGUGCGAUCAACUACAUGAUUCGUUGGAUACGGACUGAGGUUUCAUCCUCAAGCGACCACUUGACUCUGGCAUAUCUUGGUGGCAAUGAUAUUCGGUAUUGUGCAUUUGUUUUUGCAUGCAUGCAACUUCGACACAAGGCGGUGCUAUUAUCGAGCAGAAAUUCGGAACAAGCUUCCGCAUAUCUCUUAGAUGCCAUAGGCUGCACCAUGGUUCUUUAUAGCACUGAGCGCACGCGACAAGCCGAUGCGCUGACAGCGGCCGACCAUUCCCUUGAAGCAUGGCGAGUCCCUGAUCUUUGGGAUGUGUUUGGUGGAGAACCAGAUGAUGAAUUCAGCCAGAUUCCCACCCCCGGCAGUGAUCCAGAAGAAAGGGUGGCUGUCUAUAUCCACAGUUCUGGGACAACUGGAUUACCCAAGCCGGUACCUCUGACAAAUGGCUAUUUUCACGCCCUGGAGAAUGCGCUUUCAUUGCCACUACCAGAGGAUAGGACCAACGGCCUCGUCAUUAUUGCAGAGCCAGGAAAAAUCUUCUUCUCUGCAAGUCCCUUCUUCCACCUCAUGGGUCUCUUCAACAUAGUGGCCCCAGUGAUGUUUGGAACUCCUUUUCUUCUCUGUCCAGACAGACCUCUCUCAACUGAAUUACUGGCACAGAUUAUGGACGAGAAAUCGCCAGAAAAUGCUGUUUUCCCCCCAUAUGUUCUGGAAGAAAUAAGUUCCACAGACGCCGGAAUGGAAAUCUUGAAGAAAUUCCACGGAAUUGUGUUUGGGGGUGCACCCUUAGCCCCAUCAGCCGGCGACCGAAUCUCGGAGUUUGUACACCUUGAAGCGGUCCUGGGAACAAGUGAAUGUGGUGUUUUCGGCACAUUGAAACACGACGACAAAGCUGAUUGGAAAUACCUCGAGUGGAACCCUAACCAUGGUGUCGAAAUGCGUGACAUUGGCAACAAUCUUCAUGAGCUCGUCGUUCCCCGUGGUGCCUCUAGGGAAUCACAUUGUAUCUUCCACAGCUUCCCUGGCUUUGAGGAGUAUCGCACCGGAGACAUAUUUUCGCAGCACCCACGCAAAAGUGGUUCAUGGCUAUACAGUGGGAGACUCGACGAUGUGAUUGUCUUGACCAAUGGCGAAAAGUUCAAUCCAAUCGCUAUGGAAAACAUCAUCUCCUCUCAUCCACUCAUCUCCCGCGCUGUGAUAAUCGGGCAGGGUCGGUUUCAAGCCGGUGUCCUGGUGGAGCCAGACUGGAACAAAUUGAGUGAUGAGAAUGAAUGGCUGAUCGACGAGAUCUGGCCGGUGAUUCAGAAAGCAAAUGAAAUUGCACCUGGACAUGCCCAGCUCAUGAAGGGUCGUAUCGGAUUUGCCUCGAGAAACAAACCAUUCAAGCUUACACCGAAGGGAACAAUUCGGCGGCCCCUGGUGUUGCAAGAUUAUGCUGAGAAGAUUGAAGCUCUCUAUACGAAGAAAAGUGACGAGGGCAUCACACAGAUCCCAGCAGAUGCCUCGAACUUGGAAAUAAUGGGCAAUAUUUCCGGGUUUAUCAAGGAAAUCUUGUCAAUUACGUCUGUACCCGAAGAUGCCGAUAUCUUUGCAUUGGGAGUUGAUUCUCUUCAGACCUUGCGCUUAAGUCAGAUGUUGCAAGCUUCUUUGAGAUCUACUUGCCCAGAGAUCGUCGAAACAGCAUUCAGCAACCAGCAGCUGUACGCAAGGCCUACACUAGGCUCUCUCGCUGCAUACGUCUCAAGUCUUAUCCAUGGUGGAAGUUCGACCCCAGCAGCGGUGAUCACUGAAACAGAUGCUGACAGGGAGUCCCGUUUAGCCGAACUGGUAUCCAAGUACUCAAAUGACCUGAACGAAAGUCAUGUGGUUAUCCUGACUGGCUCAACCGGAUCUCUGGGUGCAUAUUUGCUCUACGAGCUGUUGCAGGACCCCACUGUUUCCAAGAUCUACUGCUUGAAUCGUGGUGCAGAUGCUGCUUCCAGACAGCUCAAGAGUAUGCAGGACAAAGGUCUCUCGACAUUCAGCCGGUUUCCACGUCGCGUGGAGUUCCUCGAAGCCCAAUUUGGGUCAGAGAGACUUGGGCUCGAGAGUGCCAAGUAUGAAGCUCUACUGCUGGAGGUCGAUACUAUCCUUCAUAAUGCCUGGAAUGUCAACUUUAAUCACCGAGUUGAGGCUUUUGAGGAGACUCAUAUCCAGGGCGUUCGUCGAAUUGUUGAUUUCAGUAUCGCCAGCGAAAAAAUGGCGCACAUCCACUUUGUUUCGUCCAUUGCUACCAUUGAAGGAUACGGCCGCGACAAGGGUCCUUCAAUUCCUGAGAUUGUCUUCACUGAUCCCACUGUGGUUCUUCGUCAAGGAUAUGGCGAAUCAAAACAUGUAUCCGAAAGAAUCUGCGCCGCUGCAUCGGCCAAACGCGGCAUUCCCACGAGCAUUCAUCGCGUGGGUCAAAUUGGCGGCCCGACCACCAGAGAAGGGAUGUGGAAUAAGCAGGAAUGGCUGCCAUCAUUGAUCGCGACAUCAAAAACCAUCAAAAAAAUACCAUCAUCGCUGGGUGGAAGGGUUCAAUGGGUUCCCGUGGACAUUACGGCAAAAGUGAUUACAGAUAUCGUUCGCUCGCGUCGUGCCACCCAGGACGCUGAGCGCUGUGCAGCAUUCCAUAUUGUCAACCCUAAAACUGCAAAUUGGCAAUCUCUUCUUCCAGCUGUGAUCGAUGACUUCGACGGUCAUAUGGUUCCCUUAACCCGGUGGAUUCAGACCCUAGAGUCUUUCGUCAACCCUACCGAAAUGGAUCUUCAAGAUAAGCCUGCUCUUAAGAUUCUCGACUUUUUCAGAACGAUUGCAAUGGGCCAUGAGUCUGGUCCAUGGACCGAGACUACGAAAGCACAAGAAGCGAGCAACACACUUCGACGGCUUGAAGCGGUUGAUGCCUCCCUCAUGAAGAACUGGAUGGAACAAUGGGAUUUUUAA